GAAAAAUGAGUGGACCCCAGGCUCCUCGGGAUCAGGAGCUUAAAAAUAUUAUUGAUAAGUUGGCUAAUUUUGUUGCCCGAAAUGGAGUCGAAUUUGAGCGAAUGACGAAGCAAAAGCAAAAAGACAACCCGAAAUUCCAGUUUCUUUUUGGAGGAGAAUAUUUUGAUUACUACUCAUACAGAGUUGCAGCUGAGCAGACGUUGCAUCAGCAGCAACAGCAGAUGCCACCACCGGGUCCUCCUUUCCAACCAACAAAUGCGGGUCCGCCGUUUCAAGGGCAAAUGGGAUCGCACCCUCAUCAGUCCCCUCCCAAUGCUGCUGGUGGACCACAUCAACCGCCACCUUUUCACCCGAUUCACAACAUGCACCCUCCACUACCUAAUGGCCAUUCAAUGCACAUGCCAACUACGUCACAUCCUCAGCAUCACAUAGCCCCUCCAAAUCCUCACCAAAUGCCUCCAAUGAGCAGCAUGCGACCUCCGCUUCCUCCAAAUCCAGCAGGUCAAUAUUCAGGGCCUCCGGUCGAGUUCUUGCAGCAGCAAAUACAAACUAGUCUGGCAAACUUGCAAGCGCAACAACAGGUUUUAGGCAACGAACAAGAAACGAAAGUUCGACAGCUCAUUGAGCUCAAAGUUGGAGAAUCUCUUGAUUCAGUGUCUAAGCAAAUGAAAAUUGAUGUUUCUGAAAUUGACAGAAUUAUCUCGCCAAUUGUAGAAUCAUGUACUAAAGAUGCAAUAUCUGCGGGAAAGCAAUGUUUUCUCAAUGUAUCGGCAAACUCUCAGUCACACUGCGAUUUCAUGUCUCUGUACUUGCUGAAUGAAGUAUUAAAUAAAACGACAACGUUUGAUGGGAGACUGCACAUCAUAUACCUUAUUAACGACAUUGUGCAUCAUUGCUUUCGGAAAGGUAAUAAGGAGCUUCAAGACGCGAUUGAAGAUGUAGUAGUUUCAGUGUUCCAAUUAGCCAAUCAAGCUGCAUUGCAAGACAGCGAAAAAAUCCAAAAGCUGACAAAACUUGUUACAUUAUGGACGACUCACAAGUAUUUCCACCAAUCCGUACUUGAAAAACUUCGUCAAACUAAUGAACUGAAAUGGAUUGAGUUUGCUUGUAAACAUAUCGAAUCUUUUAAAGACGAAAUACAAGGCAUCCAGGCCUCGACUCAAGCACGAAUCAUCGCUUUAACACAACAACAUGAUUCUUUCGUUGCACAUUUGGAACAGCAAAUGGCGGCUGCCAAUGCAGCUAGUCAGCAAUAUAUGCCUCCGAGACAACCACCGCCGUUUAACCAUCAAAAUCCGAACAUGCACCAGCCACCGCAUAUGCCAUAUCAUGGUCAUCCUCCGACUCACUACCCAAAUAUGCCACCUCCACAUCAAAUGGGAUCCAGUUACCCUCCUCACCCGCAAAACAUUGAAAACAGUUCAAACGGCCAGUCGAUGGCCCAUACUGAGCUAGGAUACAAUAUGCCAUCUAAUGGUAGCAAUGAAAAUCAGGAGGGAGGUGAAGAAAGUGAAGAACCAUAUUUAAGCAAUUCCAAGUUCUAUGAUUACAAUCAUAAACUAGAAAACGUCCCACCACAUUUGAGGGCUCCAAAUGACGACGAGCUACCCGAAAUCAAGCAUGAAAUUUAUGAAUACGAUCAUGGAAAUUCUAGACCUUUAGACGAUCCUUCUGCGAAAAAUAGGUUCCCAGUUCCGAAAGAGCCUCCUAUUGAAAGUUUAGUACCCACUGCUCCUUAUUGGGAUCUCCCAGCUGGUCUGAUGGUGCCAUUGAUUAACCUCAAAGACGUUGAUUUUGAGCCAAUUGAUCCGAAAGAUCUUCGUCUUCCUCCUGCGAUACCACCUUCUAAUCGACUACUUGCAGCACUUGAUGCUUUCUACGCCCAUCCAACUCCUGAUAGACCUCGAAAUCUAGAGGGUUGGGAACACGGCGCCUUAACGGAAUACUACAAGGCGAAAUCAAAAUAUACCGAAAAUAGGGGGCCAACAAAGUCAAUUAAGAUACAGCCCUACGUAGAAGAGCUAUUAAAGAAUCACGUUAUUGAACUACCGCCUCAUAAACCUAGGUUACCUUUAAGUAGAACUCGGAGGACAAGUCCUGAACCAGUACCAUCCUUUAGAGCCAGCAGGAGACGGUCGCCCAGAAGUCGUUCCAGGUCUAAGUCAAGAUCCAGAUCUUACUCAAGAUCUCGUUCACGGAGCUCCUCCAGCUCCAGCGACGGGUCUCGAGGACCAACUUCAGCGCGGCCCCUGAAGGUUUCCAGAAGAAGCGCAGACUCGAAACUAGAGGAGUCAAACGUAGGACAUCAGUUACUGAAGAAAAUGGGAUGGGGAGGAAGUGGUUUGGGGAAGGAAGAGCAAGGAAUUCAAGAGCCCAUCAAGCCCAAGCCUGCUACAAUGAGCAGUAGCGUUUUCCCUUUGUUCAAGGGACAUGUACCGGCUCCGGGUUUGAGCACAGUGGUUCCACCUAAAUCAGAAAUUCCAGUAGCGCCUAUUCUGGCGAAUUUAACGCCCGAUUCAGCCAAAAGACUAGAAGACAAGCGUGCAGAAUUCCAGCGAAAAGCUGCGGAGCUGUUGCAAAAAGCUAAAGGCCCAGAUAAUUCCUGAUGCGUGACAGUUUGAACUCUAGUUUGCAGUUGAAACUAUAUUUGUCUAAUGCAGUUGAUGUUGUUAAAUUUAUUAUAUAAUUGA